GAGAAGUGAGAUGCUGGCGACCUUCUUGGCGUCGACGCCACUCUUGGAGGAGUCGUGGAGGCUGUGCAGCUUAGCAAACUCCGCCGCGCCGAGGAGCUUUGUGGCGGACCAACACGGUGAGGUUGGGUACCUGGCGUUCUCGGGCAUCCAGGUGAUUGACGGGCCCGAGGCGAGUUGUGGGACCCUGAUGGCGCUGGACAAGUGCGGAUGGGAGCAUCUGUUCUCGCCGUUGAGGUGUGACGGUGAUGGCGAGGAGACAGUUAAGGUGGACGUGGGAUUCCUCAGUCUCUUCCUGGAAUUUUACCAUCGACAGGAUUUCCGAAACCAGCCCAUGGCUUCUCCCAUCUCAGUCCUCUGCCUCACCUUCGGCACUCCCUUGCUUGGCAACAAGUCCCUUUCCCGAGCCAUUCUCCAAGAAAGAUGGGGCGGGAGCUUCUGUAACAUUGUCUCCAAGCUCGAUGUAGUACCGAAACUGUUCUUCGCUCCACUUACCUCCUUGACUCCUCAACUGCACUUGCUGCUUCAGUUUUGGCAAGUCGCUAUGGCUUCACCCAGUCCAGAACAGUUAGUUGGAGAACUACAAAAACAAAAUUUCGAUGAAUUCUUCAGCAACGUCAAAAAAUGUGUUAAAGAUGCUGCACAAUCAGAAGAAGGGGCCGGGAACAAUUUGUUUUGGCCAUUGGGAAGCUACCUAUUCUAUUCAGAAGAGGGAGCGAUUUGUCUGGAUAAUGCAACUUCUGUUGUUAAGAUGAUGCAUUUGAUGCUCGAGACAGUCUCUCCAACUUCCACUUUUGAGGAUCAUCUGAGGUAUGGUUAUUAUACGAGACCACUUUCUUGGCAGUUCCUGAAAAGAAUAAACAUCAAUGACCUCUCCGAGUCAAGCUACGAAGCUGGUGUCUUCUUGGCAUUACAAUCCUUAGGAAUAGAUCCACAGGAUGACAAUAUUUCAAAACCAGCUAAAGAUUGCCUGCAGAUGUCUCGGCACAUGGGACGUGCGCCGAACCUGAACAAUGCUUAUCUAGCUAUCAAACUAUCUGAGAUAACGCCCUACUGGGCACAACUUGAGUGGUACAAGGCACGCUGCGAUGAGUCCGUGGAUCAACGUGGGUAUUAUGACACAUUCAGGGAAUUUGCAGCAUCCAGGAGGGAGUCCACAAUCGACAUGAACCUGUUCAGACUCGGCGCAUUCUGGGAUAGGGUCAUAGGCAUGGCAGCACGGAAUGAACUCUCGCACGAUUUCCACCGCAGGUCCAAGUGGAUCCAUGCGCCCCAUUCCUACAUGCUCCUCGCCGAGCCAUUGGAAAUCGCACGCUAUUACCGUCAUGGGAUGCACAAAAAGAAGGGACAUUACAUCAAAUAUGGAAGAAAUAGGAGGUUCCAGAUUUUGGAAAGAUGGUGGAAUCGGAAGGUGGCUGUUGCGGCGCAAGAACCACAACAAAAUAACAACAGAAGGAGUAGGAGCAGGUUUGCAAGCUUGAGUCAAGAUUCUUUGUUUUGGGCGAGGGUGGAGGAAGCUAAAGACCAGCUCAAGAACGCAGAAGAGGAAGAGGACCUGAAUAAGUUGGAACCACUUUUGGAGAACAUGAAUCAUUUUGAGACGUACGCAAAGAAGCUGAUUAAGAACAAGGAGGUGUCCAUAGAUGUUCUGGCUAAGAACUCAAGUUACACAUUAUGGGCUGAGAAAUGGAAAGAUUUGAAGUCGAAGCUCUUGCAGCUACCUUCCACUCUUGUUCUGAAUGGAAUGGAUUGUGAUUACAAAGAGAUCGAGGGAUAGUGACAUAAAUAGUCCUCGAACUUUAGCCCAAUAUGUAACGUGAUUCCUAAAUUUAUAAUUUAUUUAUUGUGUUCUUUGAAUUUUAA